GCGUCGGCAACGGCAACGGCAACGGCAGCAGAAGCGCGAAAAACCAAAUUAUUAUUGCAUAUAAAUAUGUGCAUAUGUAUAUAAAGUAACUGUGUGCUGCGCUUCAUAAGAGUGUGUGUGCGUGCGUGUAUUUUUGGUGCUAAUACAUGUAUAUACGACAAGCAUUUGUUGUUUCUCGGCACACACACACACACACACGCACGACAACUAAUUUUUUGUGCAUUUUUUUUUCCGGUGCGUCCUGUGACAGUCGUUGAUUUUUUUUUGUGAUAUGACGCUGCAACGCCAGCACAACUGUUGCACCCAGCUAAAUCGGCGACAAUACGCCCAACAGGAAUAAUAGCAACAACAAGUAAGCAGCAGCAGCAGCAGCAGCAGCCGUCCAGAGAUUGCGCGCCUUUUUUGUUGUAACGCGCGUCUCUGCAUAAUAAAUGAAAGGAAAAGAACAAUAAUAGCUAAACACAUGUUGAUGUUGUUCAAAUUUCAAUUUGGUUAAAGCAAAGCAAAAGGCGCGCCCAGAUAAGAUACAGUUAAACGGAAGAGCAGCAAGAGCAACAGCGGCAGAGGCAGCGGCGGCAGCGGCGGCAUCGGCGGCUACAUCUGCAAACGAGAGAAGAAGAAAGAAAUGCUUACAGCAAAAUAAGAAGAAGAAGAAGCAUAACUAGAAUAGUGCUGUCGCCAAAGAAUAUGCGACUGUCACACACAUACGUGUGUGUGUGUGUGUGUGUGUGAGUGCGCGCAAUUGUUACAUACCAACACCUGCAGCGCGUAAAUGAAAGCAAAACAAAAGCGAAAACAACAACAGCCCACAACCAAAAACUCACAAUGUUAUACAUGCUUGUAAAGUGGCAUUAAAUUGCAACAAUAACAAAAUUCGACAGCAGCAGCAACCAACAACAACACAUGGCAACAGCGCCCAUCAAGUGUCAAUAAAACAACAACAGCAACAACAAAAACCAACAGAAAGACAAAAAAAAAAAAACAAAAAAACAAACACACACACACAAAAAAUCUACACAAGCAGCAGAAGGUUGCUCGAGCGCUGCGGAGCUUCGAACUCGAACUCGAAAUUCGAAUUUCAGUUUGUCUUACACCGCCGCCGGCGGCAAUCUUCAAAUUUUUGUGUCAACGCUGCACUUUUCGAACCCGGCCCUCAACACCAAGAACCAAACGCCCCAUCCAGCCCCCACCCCGCACCCGCGUGCCAACGCGGCUAACGGCAUUUUCAUAUUUCAAUUUAAUUAUUUGUGUGUGAGUGUGCUUGAUAUUUUUUUUUUUUUUUUGCAAUUUUUUUUCUAUAAUUGUUGUCAAGUGAAUGGCGCAAAAGCGAAAAGCAGUGCGAAUGCAGUUGUGAAUCAAUCAAAUCCAUCAACAACAAUCGCCGCAUCAAUUCAGCAACUCCAACGGCAGCUUCAUGUCUGUAUCAACACAAGAACAACAACAACAACAACAACAACAGCAGCAGCAGCAACAGCAACAAUAGACAUUCACUACGGCAACAAGCAACAACAACAACAACAACAACAACAACAACAACAACUACAACAACAACAGCAACAACAACAUGGAUUGUGAUUAUUCAAAAUUUCUGUACAAAAUCGGACCCGGCACCAUACCAUCCCCGUGGCCACCAGUGAAUGCCGGUCCUCCUGGUCCCCUGGGAUCGGCAGACACAAAUGGCAGCAUGGUGGACAGUAAAAACUUGGAUGUUGGCGAUAUGAGCGAUGACGAAAAAGAUUUAUCAUCCGCCGAUGCCGAGGGUGUCUGGAGUCCGGACAUUGAGCAAAGCUUUCAAGAGGCACUGUCAAUAUAUCCGCCAUGUGGACGGCGAAAGAUUAUAUUAUCCGAUGAGGGUAAAAUGUAUGGCCGCAACGAGCUAAUCGCGCGUUACAUCAAAUUGCGCACGGGCAAGACGAGAACCCGUAAACAAGUCAGCUCCCAUAUCCAAGUGCUCGCCAGACGGAAACUCCGUGAAAUUCAAGCCAAAAUCAAAGUCGAACCAAAUGGUGUAUCCUUGCGUUUACUCAAUGAGAAAGAGCAAACCCUGCAGGCCAUGAGCUCAAUGACCAGCUCACAAAUUGUCUCCGCACAGGCGGCCAAUAAUCUUGCCCUGGCCGCCUCGGCGCUGACGGCGGGCGUACACCAUUCGAAGCAUCUGCCACAACCUGCCCACCAUCAGCAUCCACACCCACAACACCACCACCACCACCACCACCAUCAUCCGCACCACCACCAUCAUCAGGUGGGUGUGGCCGCUGCCGCCGCCGCUGCAGCUGCAGCUGCGGCCGCUGCUGCUGCUGCCGCUGUUGCACAAUCGCCGGCAGCCGCUGGUGCGACAAACAAUUCCGUUGCAGUGCCCUCCACGUCGUCGUCGUCGUUGUCGUUGUCGUUGUCGCCACGACACCACCAUGCCCACCAUUCCCAUCACAAUUUGACGCACCACACGCAUAGCCAUAUGCAUCCACACCAUCAUCACCAUGCGGCGGCCGUUGCAGCAGUUUACCACCUACAGCAGCAGCAGCAGCAGCAACAGCAACAGCAGCAGCAUCAACAACAACAACACCAGCAGCAACAGCAGCAGCAGCAGCAACCAAGUGGGGCAACAACAGGUGCAGUGUCACCAUCUGUGGCUGAUGGGGCUGAGGCUCAUGUGCUGGCACAGCCACCGCCGCCGCCGCCGCCAUUGCACCAUCCGCCGUUGUAUCCGGGCCAAUUUUGGCAACCCGGUCUGCAGCCGAGCACAUCACAAGAUUUUUAUGAUUACAGCAUCAAGCCGUUCGCCCAGCCGCCCUAUACGCCCGGCAAGCCCUCGACGGCGGUCUCCGGUGAAAUAGAGGCUGGUAUUCCGCCCGCACAAUUGCCAUGGGAGGGACGCGCGAUUGCCACGCAGAAAUUCCGCUUGCUUGAGUUUACGGCCUUCAUGGAAAUCCAAAGAGAUGAGAUCUAUCACCGACAUCUAUUCGUACAGCUGGGCGGCAAGCCAUCCUUCUCCGAUCCGCUUCUUGAGACUGUUGACAUCCGGCAAAUAUUUGACAAAUUUCCGGAGAAAUCCGGCGGUCUCAAAGAGCUUUACGAGCAGGGUCCGCAGAAUGCGUUCUACCUGGUUAAAUGUUGGGCGGAUCUCAACACGGACGUAACGACGGGCAGUGAAACGGGCGAUUUCUAUGGCGUUACAAGCCAAUAUGAAAGUAAUGAGAACAUUGAGCUCGUCUGCUCGACAAUUGUCUGCUCGUUUGGCAAACAGGUUGUGGAAAAGGUGGAGCACGAGUAUUCGCGCCUGGAGAACAAUCGCUACGUUUACCGCAUUCAGCGCUCGCCCAUGUGCGAGUAUAUGAUCAAUUUCAUACAAAAGCUGAAGAACUUACCUGAACGCUAUAUGAUGAACAGUGUGCUCGAGAACUUUACAAUACUGCAAGUAAUGCGAGCGCAAGAAACGAAAGAGACACUGCUAUGCAUAGCGUAUGUGUUUGAGGUGGCGGCGCAGAACAGCGGCACCACGCAUCACAUCUAUCGCCUUAUAAAGGAAUAGCAUGAGCUGCAUGAAGCAGCGC